AUGCAGGCACCGGUAGUAGUGAUGAACACCCAGAGUGGUGAUAGGCAAACUGGCCGAAAAGCCCAGAUGUCGAACAUUACCGCAGCCAAAACUGUUGCAGAUAUUAUUCGAUCAUGUUUAGGCCCCAAAGCGAUGCUGAAGAUGUUGUUAGAUCCUAUGGGAGGUAUAGUUUUGACAAAUGACGGACAUGCCAUUCUUAGAGAAAUCGAAGUGUCACAUCCCGCCGCAAAGAGUAUGAUUGAGUUGAGCAGAACACAAGAUGAGGAAGUUGGAGAUGGAACUACUAGUGUUAUUAUUCUUGCUGGUGAAAUGUUGGCACAGUCUCUCCCACAAUUAGAAAGAAAUAUCCAUCCAGUUGUUAUUAUUUCCGCUUUCAAGGCUGCGCUGAAAGAUGCUCUCGAGAUUAUUGAAGAAAUUUCUCUUCCAGUCGACAUCAAUGAUGACAAGGCCAUGUACCAACUCAUCUCAUCCUCGAUCGGCACAAAAUUCGUUUCCAGAUGGUCUGAACUGAUGUGCAGCUUAGCCCUCAAGGCUGUACGAACAGUAACCCACGAAAUUGGAGGUGGCAAGAAAGAGGUUGAUAUUAAGCGUUAUGCAAGAGUUGAGAAGAUUCCAGGCGGAGAAAUCGAGGACAGUAGAGUUUUGGACGGUGUUAUGCUGAACAAAGAUAUUACCCACCCGAAGAUGAGACGAAGAAUCGAGAAUCCAAGAAUUAUCUUAUUAGAUUGCACACUGGAAUACAAGAAGGGAGAAUCACAGACAAACAUCGAGAUUAGCAAAGAGGACGACUGGAAUAAGAUUUUGCAGAUUGAGGAGGAGCAGGUCAAGCUUAUGUGCGAUUCUAUUCUUGCUCUCAAGCCUGAUCUGGUUAUUACGGAGAAAGGUGUCUCUGAUCUCGCACAACAUUACUUGAUGAAGGGCAACGUUACCGCACUGCGUCGUGUCCGAAAAACAGACAACAACAGAAUAGCUCGUGCAACCGGCGCAACUGUCGUCAACAGAGUGGACGACCUGCAAGAAUCUGACGUUGGAACCCAGUGUGGUCUUUUUGAGAUCGAAAAGAUUGGUGAUGAAUACUUCACAUUUUUAACCAAAUGCAAAUCACCCAAGGCAUGCACUAUCUUAUUGAGAGGCCCAUCUAAAGAUAUCUUGAACGAAAUUGACAGAAACUUGGCCGAUGCCAUGGCGGUUGCACGAAAUGUUAUGUUCCAUCCCAGAUUAUCGCCUGGAGGAGGUGCUACUGAAAUGGCUGUAGCUGUCAGAUUGGGUCAACUCGCAAAGAGCAUUGAGGGUGUACAGCAAUGGCCAUACAAGGCUGUAGCUGAAGCUAUGGAAGUCAUUCCAAGAACUUUGAUUCAAAACGCUGGGCAAAGCCCGGUUAGAGUUCUCACUGCACUGAGAGCAAAGCAUGCCGAAGGUGGAAGUUCAUGGGGUAUUGACGGUGACAAGGGUACUUUGGUUGAUAUGAAUGAGUACGGUGUUUGGGAGCCAGAGGCUGUCAAAUUACAAAGUAUCAAGACUGCAGUUGAGUCUGCCUGCCUUCUCCUGAGGGUUGAUGAUAUUUGCAGCGCGAAGGCAGCAAGAGCACCAGGCGCACCUGGCGGUGGGGAGGAAUAA